AUGCAGGAUUUCAAUGAACGAUUAGGGUUUUCGAUCAACAAAGUGGGUUUAGUGGUUCUGGUUGGCGACACAGUUCGACAAUCGACACCAUCGACGCCGCACCAUCAAACGACGGCGACACCAUCAGACGCCGACACAGGGGCAGGCGACACAACUCACAGAGCCAGGCAACGCAACUCAGACACAGAUAAAAACAAGUUGGAUAGAGUUAAAUGGAAGUUAAAAAAGAUAGCUAAACACACACAUGAUAAGGCCUUAAGAUCGGAGGCGAUGCAAGAAUUACAUGACAGUGUUGAUGUGGAUGAAACAGAAGAUUUUUUGGGGUCUAAAGCACCAAAUGUUAUUGGCCCAAUGGAUACCUAUGCAAACAAAAUAAACCCCGAAGAAGCUUUGAAGAAGGGAAAGGGCAAAAAAGUUGAUCUUAACGAUAUUGUUCGGAAAGAUAGAAUAUUAGCAUGUCAUAAAUUCAUUAGUAGGUGGGCAUAUAAAACUUCGAUUCCGUUUCAUGCAUUGGAAGAUGAUAGCUUCAAAAUGAUGUUGGAGGUUAUUGGCCAAUUUGGAACCGGGCUUCCACCUCCUACUAGAUAUUCUUUGAGUGACCCACUUCUAAAGCUUGAGGUUGAAAGAACAAAAAGUUUGUUGAAAAAAAACGAAAAAGAAUGGAAAGAGAUUGGAUGCUCGAUCAUGACGGAUGCUUGGUCCGAUAGAAAAAGAAGGGGCAUUAUGAAUUUAUGUGUAAAUUCAAAAAUGUGUACUGUGUUUUUAUCAUCAAAAGAAUGUUCCAGUGAAGCACAUACAAGCCAACAUAUAUAUGAUUAUGUGGAAUCUUGCAUUAAACAAGUUGGUCCCGAGCAUGUUGUUCAAGUUGUGACCGAUAAUGCCACGAAUAACAUGGGAGCGGCGAAGUUACUAAAAGAGAAAAGACCAACAAUUUGUUGGACAUCAUGUGCGACACACACCAUUAACCUUAUGCUCGAAGGUAUUGGUGGACUUCCAAGGUUUAAGAAAAUCUUAGAUCAAGCAAAGAAACUAACCAUAUUCAUUUAUGCCCACCACAAAACCUUAGCUAUGAUGAGACACUACACCAAGAAAAGAGAAAUUAUCCGACCGGGAGUCACGAGAUUCGCUUCCGCCUUUCUAACAUUACAAAGCUUAUCCGAAAAAAAGAGCAACUAA